UACGUAGACACAUGCUUUCCUUCACACAGUUUGACUGGCACUAUCUGAGCACGUUGCGGAAGUAGCAGACGUUCCAAUAGCUGCAACGUCCAGUCAUCGAUGCUGUUCGUGCAGAACGCAUCACCUGUUCAAAGGACUUCCGUCGUUCGGCUCAAACGGCGCUCCUUGCCUCAUGCUAUCUAGAGACGUGUACACACAACUUGAACACAUCUCUAAGCAAGAUUGGUCAUGCGAGAAGAGAGCCAUUUGGUCUAAGUUAUCGAUAACGUGGGUUUGACAUGUUUUCCCGUGUCACCGUCACGGCGGCUUCUCAAUUGCAGCCGGGUCUCAGCAUUCCCUCCGAACUUAUCAAGAUUGAAGUUCCCCCUUCAAUCAUUCUUCACCCGGCUUGCGACCAUAUCGCUCACCAAAUGGUGAAGAAGUGUCCUGGCGCAUUGAAGAAAACAAGCCCACUCAGUGGCUCAAGUCAGAUCCACGCAGCAUCGAACAUACAUCAUCUAUGGUUUUACUUCACACUGAGCAGAUUGUCAAGUACUUUCGAGUUGCACCGGCCACUGUUUGGGUAUUCGAUUAUUGUUUGACAUUUGAACAUGAAGUUCGUCUGAUCAGCAGCAUGGGCCCUUGGAACAUCGCGUCUGUCAUGUUUAUCAUAACAAGAUACGUUCCCAUAGCAUGGUUUAUAAGUGACAUAUAUGUCACUCUAGGGCCACAAUCAGUGGAAACCUGCAUGACAACAUAUCGGACUGCUGGGUGUGCCCUGAUUCUUAUCAUGUUGGCUACCGAAGGUCUGCUUCUUAUGCGCACACUUGCCUUGUGGCACGAUAAGCAGAAUAUCAAACGAUUUCUAUUGGCGAGCUACAUAGUUGUUGCUAUCUCAAUGCUCAUCUGCGAUAUCCUGGCGCUGUCUCCGAAACUCGAAAGUGUGUGUGCACCGGCAUCAAAUAAGAGCUCCAUAGAGGAGGCUUCCAAAGUGGAACACUUCAUUAUGGGCAUGUUCGCUAGCGCAGCGCUGUUUGAAUUCACGGUGGUUAUUGUUACAAUAUAUCACUCUUUAACAUGUCGCUCUGUUGGCAUACGUACCGUCAAUGGAUUGGUGUCGAACUUGUGGAAGGGAAGUUUACUAUAUGCAUUGUCGCUUUUUGCGAUCUCUAUCGCAAAUAUUGUUUCUUUUUCUUUACCGGUCUCAGUCGGGCAGAGCGGCAUCAUCGAUGUGUUUCAAGGUGUCCUCCAUGGUGUUAUGGCCUCGCGCAUUCUUUUUGAUUUGCGCGAUGCAGACCGGUUUGAAGAAGAAGAAUUUCGAUUCACCUCAUGCGUGUCCCCUUCUAAUUUACAGUUUGCAUCAUGCAACAUACCCAUGACUCCCUUAUGAUGAAAGCAAUGUAUGAAUUACAUAUCUCCAUUGCUCACGUCCGGAACUCGAAUGGCUGACGGACUUUGGGGGCUUUGUGGAAUAAAUCUUCUGGGCACCACUAGAGGAGUGGCAUCACACCAUGCGUAUACACAGAUAUGGAUUGCGUUUAACACCUGAGGCAAGACGGAAUUCGUCUGCCAGACAGAUUGAUAUCAGUUAUUUUGCAUUUGUAAUGAAAUCUAAACUUGAAGAAUCUGUCGUACUAUGAAGCUUAUGGGAUCGUUUCAGGAAC